UUAAUUGAGUUCCCUAAAUUAGGUCUCUGGAGAGGUAGACAGGUGCGUGAGAGAAUGAGAAGGGACAGAGACCCAGAGAACUGGGCGAGAGAGGGGAGGUGUAGCCCGGGAAGCUGGCCUUUGCCUGCGCCCCGCCUCGCCUGGUGCUCUUCUGUGCAGGCUGAGCCAGGACCUUUGCUGCUGCCCCACCAGGCUCUCCUCGCUGCCUGCUAUGCCCUCUUUCCUCCCUAAACCUGGCCACGGAGAACCGACCCCUGGGAUAGCACCUUGUCCCUUGGCUGUCUCAGCUACAGGCCAUAGGCUGCCGAAAGUGCGGCCCUCUGUGUAGACGAGAAGACAUCAUGGUGGCCUUUAAAGGGGUCUGGACCCAAGCUUUCUGGAAAGCCGUCACCGCAGAAUUUCUGGCCAUGCUCAUUUUUGUUCUCCUCAGCCUGGGAUCCACCAUCAACUGGGGUGGCACUGAAACCCCCUUACCUGCAGACAUGGUCCUGAUCUCCCUUUGCUUCGGACUCAGCAUUGCAACCAUGGUGCAGUGCUUCGGCCACAUCUCCGGGGGCCACAUCAACCCCGCUGUGACUGUGGCCAUGGUGUGCACCAGGAAGAUCAGCAUCGCCAAGUCCGUCUUCUACAUCGCAGCCCAGUGCCUGGGGGCCAUCACUGGAGCCGGGAUUCUUUACCUCGUCACACCCCCCAGCGUGGUGGGAGGCUUGGGAGUGACCACGGUGCAUGGCAGUCUCACCGCUGGCCACGGUCUCCUGGUAGAAUUGAUAAUCACAUUUCAGUUGGUGUUCACAAUUUUUGCCAGCUGUGACGCCAAGAGGACGGAUGUCACCGGUUCAAUCGCAUUAGCAAUUGGAUUUUCUGUUGCAAUUGGACAUUUGUUUGCAAUUAAUUAUACUGGUGCCAGCAUGAACCCCGCACGAUCCUUUGGGCCUGCAGUUAUCAUGGGAAAUUGGGAAAACCAUUGGAUCUAUUGGGUUGGACCAAUAAUAGGAGCUGUCCUUGCUGCUGGCCUUUACGAGUACGUCUUCUGUCCAGAUGUUGAACUCAAACGUCGUUUCAAGGAAGUCUUCAGCAAAGCUGCCCAGCAAAGCAAAGGGAGCUACAUGGAGGUGGAGGACAACCGCAGUCAGGUGGAGACCGAGGACUUGAUUCUAAAGCCUGGAGUGGUGCACGUGAUGGACAUCGAGCGAGGCGAGGAGAAGAAGGGGAAAGAUCCAUCGGGUGAGGUGUUAUCUUCCGUAUGACUAGAAGACAGCGCUGAGAGCAGACGGGAACCCGUAGACCUGGCCUCAGAUUUCCUUCCACCCAUUAAAGAAACAGAUUUGCUAUAAUUAGACACGUGCAGGGUUUUACAAAGAAACGAAGCAACGUAUUAUUUCCUACCGUAUUCCUCAGUCUAAAGGUUACUAUUUCACUAUUUACCAAGGAGGAAAGGGGGGGGAAAAACACUACUUACUGCGACUACCAUUUCUAAUAUAUAUUUAAGUAACCCCAAGGCAACUAUAUGUAGCAAUUCAUCUAAAUGUCUUUCAUUAAUCACCAGUUGCAAUGCCUAUUGAGAUUUGAUUAAGUCUUGCUUGACAGAGCUUAUAGACACACCUAUCAGCGUAUUGCUCUUCUAUCAUGAAAUUGGCAUUGUCAAUUCAUUUGGAUAUUUAUUCCAUCACAGCAUGUGUCUCUGCAGCAAUGGGCAGUGUGUCACAGAGUUAUUCUCAUGAACGAGAAAUGAAUCAUGCGCUGUCACGGGCAGUCACUAGUCAUAAACUACCUCGGCAAGAGAAUAUUAACAAGGGUCCUUGCUAAUGGAUCAUUUUCUUGUUAAUACCUGGCUCUCAAACCCAUCUCCACUUCACAGUAUUCCUUCCUCCUCUUAGUGCCCUCUGUCAUGUGGGCCUAACAUCCAGAAAGUUUAAAAUAAUUCUCAGAAACAAUAUGUAUUUAUUAGUUCCAUCUAAUAACACAUCCAGAUCACAAGAGUCUCCACUGGCAUUUACCGCAAGUAGACUCAUAAAAUAUUAUGGGGCCCGGGGGAAAGCUGUGAUUGUACAAAGCACAGUGAAAAAGGAAAUCUGUAUUCUGCUAACACAUGGUUUCUCUGUUUUCAGUGCACAUACUUAAAUGCACCACACGUGGUUAACAGUCUAAGCUUUUAACCAUGUAAUCAAUCACCUUGCUUUUUUAAAAAUGUAUUGGCAUAAUUGGGUGUUAUGUCUGUUCAUAAUUUGGUUAUAUGGAUGUAAACACUAGUGAUAUAUAUUGUUGAUAACAAGAACAUAACUAGUUAAGUCUUGUCUGUUUUGUUGAUUCGUAAGCUCUGCUCACUCUAGAAGCUGUUAGCUGGUCCUGCCCAGUGCCACUCUCUGCUGCUCUCUCUGUCCAUGGCAUUGACGACACUCUUCACUGCCUGUGUAAUGAUAGCUGAAUGAAUUAGCUUGCGUGAGACACAAGGAACAAUGGGGUGGCAGAACGCAGGGGUUAGAACACCAGGACCCUCUGUAUUCAAAGCUGACUGGCUGAAGUAGUUUCUUCUUCAUAGAGAUAUUGUACAUAAGCCAACACAUUUUUCAUAGCACUGUAUUGCCGACUCGGUUAUUUGUACAAAAGCGUUUGUUUUCCUGGGCUGCUUUGCCUUAUGUCAGUAGAAUGUUCUCUGGGAACCCCAGUUUUUAUCAUCUAAAUUGUCUAGCCUUUAUCUUAGACAAAGAGCUGUGAAUGUCAAUUUUGCUGCACAAAAGCUAGUUUGUAGUAAAGCAAAAAUCAACCCUAUCACUGCGAGGAGUGGCUUGUAAAUAGCUGAUCAUCAAGGGCUUUCUUCUCCCAAGAAGAGCUCCAACUGUGUGCCACUUUUUAGCGUUAAUGGCAGUUGUGUGUCUGUGGCGUUGACAUCAUGGACCACUAUUAGAACCUGGUUCUCUCUGGUGCUAGGGAAGAGCGAUGAGGCAGCUUCCCAGAAUUAUCACAACUAUGUCAUGGCCGGGGGUGCCACUGGCCUUUCUGGUGGCAGGUGCCUAAGUGCUGGGCCCCAUUCUCCAGCGUACGGCCACACCACACUGUGUACCCGGGAGACAUGCUUACUUGCUUGUGGGGUGGCACCUACAGAAACAAGGGUGAAAUCCCUCCCAAGCAUAGGAAACAUCCAUAAGUUCAAAUGUUUGCUUACAACCUGGACGGAUUUGGCCCAAAAAGUAAUGCGAUCACUCAUUGACAAACAUGUCUACUCAAAAGUAAGUCAGGUUAACAAGGUUAAAAACGUUUUCUAAAUGAGCUUCCAAGAUGAGGGCGUAUUGUCAUUUUUAUUCUGUCAUGGGGUUGCUUCUUACUCGUUGGGGCUCGCUUCCCACGAGAGCUUUCAACCAAUGGGGUAAAGGGGAUGGACGGUGUUUGUGCCCUUUGUUUCCCAGCAAUGAGUCGAAUGCCUGGCACUUAAUAGGUCUUAAUAAAAAUAGAAAAACUGCAUUUUGGAUUUAAAGAAUAUCUAUGAUUUCCUCCUCAUCUGUGUUAUGCUCAAUAUUUAGUAAAAGCAUGAUCACAAGGACAAUGAAGGGAAGGCAGCAGUAAUGUGAAAAUGAUAAGCUAUCGUUUUGCAUUCUACUAUUUUUAGAUACACAGAGUGAAUGACAGCGUUGGUGUUCCUUAUGCGUCUGUGUGUUUCCCCCUUGCAUAUGAGACAACAUAUUUUGUAUUUCACUCAAGGCUCUGCCAGUAAAAAGUAAUGAAAUUGUACCUUUGUAAUGACAUCUAUGCAGCAGGGGUCUAUUGCCUUGAAGAUGGUACAAAUUAUCCAAGUGUAUUAGGAGACUAGGGCUUUUUUCCUUUAAUCCCUUCUUAUUAAUGAAGUGCACAGCACUGCUCCCAAGAGAGUGCCGCUGAGAGACACACAGAAAAGAGAUCAGAGAGGAAAAACUGGGAGAGCAUAAAGGAGCUACACCCAGGCACUAGAGCCAUGCCAGCCAUCUCUUUCCUAAGGAUGAGAGUCCAACAACAACAACAACAACAACACCAACACCCACUGCUAUCGAGUCCAUUCUGACUCACCGUCACCCUGCUGGACAGAGUCAAACUGCUCCCUAGGAUUGCCAACGCUGUAAAUCUCUAUGCAGGCAGACCGUCUCAUCUUCCUCACUCUGAGCUGCUCAUUGGUUUGAACUACUGAUCUUACCGCUAGCAGCCCGAGAAGUAGCCCACGACACCAUCAGGACCCCUGGUACUAUAGCAAGGAGCCCUACAAAUGAGAAGGUUCAAAAACAAGGUCCUUACACUGAAAAUGUAGAUUGAUGGUUAACUGAGUAGAGACUGAGCUUUUGGGGGGCAUUGGACCCCAGAAAUUGAACAUAUGAUUUAAUUAUUGAAGAUGCUAUUUUCUUCGGGGAGUGCUAACUCUGUAUACAGGUAUUAAGUCAUUCUUUGCAGCCCAACAGUCAACUAAAAUAUGAGAUUCCUCUAUUGUUUCUGUCAUUUGAUGCUUUUGAUAAAGUCCUCUACUGUGUAUUGUUGGCUCCUUUCACUACCAUAUCUCCUAGGGCCUAAACAACGGCUGCUGGGUUUCGAAGAUUUCACAAAGAGAUUAGAAAUGUAUGAAUAAUGUGUAUGAUGAAAUUGAAUGAUCUGAUUUAUUAGAGGUCAGUUUCCAAAUAGCACAGAAUGUUCUUCUCAGGCCGUGAAGCCAGGCAAAACACUUAUUGAUUUCAACUCGGUAAUGACUGGAAAACUCGGAAAUACAGCAGCAAAGUCAAGUGCUAAAAUAAAUGCUGGCACAGCCCAUUGCUGUCACUGGCCGCAUGUUGUGAACAUCUGACAGAGAAAUUGCCUUUGUGACACUGAAGAUAAUAGUGUGAGGUGAAUACCCACUCUUAGCAAACAAGUAAAAAGUCAAUAUAAAUUUUCAUCAUAAGCACUAUAGGAUAUGCAAAUCUAGAACAUUGUAUACCGACAAGUAAUUAUACCUUUUUUAAUGUGUUGAGGUGAUUUUUUUCCCCGUAGGAUGAAGUUACUAUCCAGAAAAUAUAAUGUAACAAAAUCCAUUCUCUUUACUGCAAAUUUUGUGUUUGCCUUUGUAUACUUUAUGGAUGGCCCCCAGACAGUAUUAGUUUUUUUAAACCACAAUUUUCUGAAAUAAAUGGAAGACAUUUGAUUUGGGACUCUUUAAUUCAGGAAUCAAAAUAUAUGGCAGCUCACUUUCAUAAAUGAAUAUAGCUUAUGAAAAUAUGGAUCAAAUAAAUGUUAUAGAAUGUAUGCAAUGAACAAGAAACUUGAAAGGAGUUGUGUGUUACUCCUUUUAAGAGCAAAGCACUAAAAAUACACCUGAUUCAUAUGCCCCAUAGGAGUGCAUUUCUUGAUUAUCUUCAGGAUUAAUUAAAUGAACAUGUAAUUUAUGAAAAUGUAUAAAUAAUUGUUGAUCAUCUUUAAGAUCUAAAUCACAAUAAAAUUGUCAUUCAUGAUAAAUGGGAGAGAAUAAACUGAACAUAUGGCUAUAUUCACAAUUAUUUAUUAACUGAAAUGUUAUUCCAACAUAGAGCUAAUGUUAAAGAGAUUUAAACUGUAAUGUCUAAUAUUUUGAAUAAUCUGUUAAAUUGUUAGCUUUGUGGUUGAUUUCUAUGAAUAAUGUUGUAUCUCAUACUACUAAGCUUGUGCAAAUAAACCUUGAAAUAUUGUGCAAAGUA